AGGCAGGAGGCUUUGUGCGGCUGGAGUGGAGUGGAGUCCAUCUUUGGUUGGAUGUGGUCUCCCUUCUUGUUCGCCAUUUUUCGACCCAUCGUUCUUUGAGAGAUUUGGUUCUUGUUGGGUGCCUUGCCUUGCCUUCUUGUUUCACGUGAUCCCUCGAGGGCUGGUCUAUUUCGUUCUGCUUUCCAUUCCAAUCCAACUAACGAAACGCCCUCUUUUUCUGCCUCAGCUGCUGUAGGUGUGAGGUGUCACAUCACAUAUUUACACCGCCAACCUUAGUACAUCGGAAGCGGUCUUUCGUCUUUCUUGCACACUCUCUUUCUAGGAUAACGUCGAACCAUUCCAAGCGAUCGAUAGCUCGAUUAGUGCGACGACCAGGAUCUCUCACCCAUUGUAUCAAAGUUUAAAACGCUUUUCUGCGCUCUACGAAUUAUCCCCGUUAUAGCCGUGUCUCGAACUUUGUCAAAUGGCCGUGUGCACGCCGCAGCUCUUUCCGACCGAAGAUUACAAUUACGAACGAAGCAAUUUCUUAGGCAGGCCGAACCGGCAGUCUCUAGACUCGCACCGGCAGUCUCUAGACCCGAACCGGCAGACUCUAGAGUCGCACCGGCCCGCCAUGGGGACUCCUCCCAAGGGUCGUCCUCCAAUCAGCUUUUCGAACUUUCCAUCCAUGGCGGCGGGAAGCGCGCCGGGAAGCACGGCGGGAAGCGCGCCGUCGUCCGCCGAGCCUAAACCCGCUGGGCUUAACAUCGCCACCUUCUCUUCCUACUCUUCGGUCCACGACCCGAGGGUGCAGAAGAAGAGCCUUCUGGGUGGUGGUAGCAGCCAAACGUCGGGAGGAACCCCCGGCGGAUUACAAGGCUCACAAGGGUCACAAGUCCACGCGUCGAUCUCCACUCUCCCUCGCUGUCCGUCACCAAACACCACCCUCGGUCGCUCGGGUCCCUCCCCGCAGUCCUCCUAUCCCGUAUCCCCGAAUCCGACGAGUCUUCUCCUCCCGUUUCGGCUUCGCAAAAGCCCGCUUCGGUGCUAAGAUCGGUUUCCGGGACCGGGAACUCGUUCUUAGGAGGAGGUAAUUCGUUUCUAGGGAGAGGCGGCGCGCCAGGUGCCGCUGCGCGAUUGGCUGGCGAGAACAACAACGGCUCGGCGACUCCUCCGCGAACUUUCGCGAACGAGUUCGGCGCGAAGGUUACCAACAAGUUCCACCAGCUGGGAGGUGGUGGGUCGGGGGGCUCGUCUGCGGCGAACUCUGGCGAACUCGCGUCAUCUGUCGCUGAGUUACCAAUCGCGCCGAUCAACGCGAUCUGCUUAAACAUGCAAGAGGUCGAGGAAUUUGUGGCUGAUAAGGAGUUCUCCAAGGCCGUGCUACAGUUCAUCGACAUUACAACUAUUUCGUCAAGUUUAGACGAUGACGGAACGGAGACGGAAUACGUCAUCUGGGGCCUGAAAUUCUCCGACGCCGCCGGCUGGGAGUUCCCCGCGAAAGCCGCCGCUCCGGAGACGUCUUCCGCCUCCGACUCCCCCGCGCGCGUGGAACCCUCCGCUCCCCUUCCACCCGGCGCGAGCGGAUACGGCGCAAGCGGGUACUUCGGCGCUCCGCGCAUCGUUCCGACGGUGAUUCCGCCCAAGGUUGCGAAACUGGCGGAACGCGGCGCGCUGACGAUCGCGCCUACCGAAGAGCCAAUGAAAAAGCUGAACGGGCCGCGCGAGGUGGAUCUCGAUCUGCUGCCGAAAUACAUGACGGACGACGAUCUGACGCGAUACAUCUUCGAUUAGGUUCAACUCGUUAUUCUGCAAGGUGACGGGCGAAAACAUGACGGACGACGAUCUGACGCGAUACAUCUUCGAUUAAGUGUAACUUAGUAGUCUUCGAGCUGACGUGCCAAGCCAUCAUGACGGACGGCGACUCGACGCAGUAUUUCCUCGAUUGAGUUGCGCACGGCUCGAACGGGGGAGGCGGGGUUGGGAGGCUGGAAUGGGAGGCUUGGGUGGGAGGCUGAUUUGGGAGGCUGGUUUGGGUGGCUGGUUUGAGAGGCUGGUUUGGGUGGCUGGUUUGGGUGGCUGGUUUGGGAGGCUGGUAUGGGAGGCUGGUUUGGGAUAUUCCUUCCUGGGAAGGGGUGGUUUCUCCCUGACCGGGUUUGCAGGUUCGGAAGGGGCCGGUUUGGAUACAGAUUUGGUUCGGAACCAGGCUGGCGGGAGCCUGGCUCGGUUUCGCCCUGCGCUUGGCAUUCAGGGUGCUUGCUUCGAUCUGGCAGCUCUGGCAGCCUCCGGCAGCUCGGGCAGUCCGGGCAGCAGAACCAAAACCCCGAGACUAAGCGAACUCAGAAGAAGCGGAAGAUACAGACCAGGAAGGGGGGGGGGUGUGGGGGAGAGAAGGGAUCUUCCCUUUUCCAUCCGCCCUCCCUUCCCCUCACCCCCCUCCGCAACACCCUCCCCCACCAAUUCACCCGACGAUACCCCCAACCCCAACCUCCAACCUUCAAUCUGUUUAUCCCGCUUACCCAUUCGCCGCGACCAUGCUGCCUUGCUGUCAGCGACGCUCCCGGUGCCUUGUUGUCGUUCUUGAUGUGGCUGGCUCGGCUCUCUGCUGCUCCCUGCUCUGCUCUCUGCCCUCUCUGCCCUCUCUGCCUCUCUGCUCUUUGCUGUCCAUUUGCUGCUGAGGCGCCUAAAAUGCAGGCUGCUCCACUAUUUGUGUGGCCACCUCUGCUCUGCUCUGCUGUUUAUUGCUCUCCAUUGCAGCUGCUGCUACCAGCAGCCCCUCGCAGCAAUUUUCUGGCUUUCUGGGUAACAGUCUGAUAUUGAGCUUCCUUCACCGGUACCUCCUCCUAGCUGCUUGUAGCUCGAUAAUUCAACUGUGCUACAGUACGUUUGAUAUUUUUUUGUAUGGUAAUUCCUUUCAGCCCUGGCCCCUGGCUCUCUCAGGCAAAGUCAGGUGUAUUGAUUGGUGCAUGCUUAUUUAGCCUCUGCAUCC